GUGACCACAGUGCACACGUCUGAUGUUGCUCACAGUGGUCCAAGGGAUGCUCAGGGAGUUUGUGUGUUUGCUCAGAUUCAUGAAAAACUAGAGGGAACAUUGCCCUAAAGUCUUAGAUACUAAAAAAAACAGAUGAACACCCAAGAUUAAGUUAUUUGCUUUACAGUGGUCAGAACAAGGGCAACCACAACCAAGGAGAUUUUUAGUAGCUUCAAACACAUCUCUGUAGAUGCCGUUUCCCUCUUAGAACACUUUAUUUAUUCUGCAUGAAGGCAGUUUUGACAUUUCAGAGAUUAAAUUUCCAUUCCUACAAAAACAUAUAUGACUUUACAACUCCCAUUAAAGUUCUGCAUUUUGCAGUUAUGUCCCAUGGGCAUGUUUAAAUCAUACACUCAAAAUAUGCCUUGUGGUUUACAGAUCCUCGUCUUUAAUCUUGUUUUCAUUUACUUCCCCUGGAAGUCAUAAACAACUAUUUUACUCUACACAGCAGGUUUUUUAUCUUGGUCCCUUCAUUCAUUCUGCUAUGGACGACCCUGAUGGCUUCACCGGGGAACUGCAGUCUGCACUCGAUGUUCAGUCCUGGAGGCUGUGCGUGAGAGAUGCAGUGUGGCUCAGGAACCAGGUGGUGGCGCCAGUGACAGAGGAGCUGGUGUUCAGAGGAGCCAUGCUGCCCAUGCUGGUGCCCUGCGCUGGACCCACAGCUGCCAUCUGCGUGGCUCCGCUGUUCUUUGGUGUUGGUAUGGCAACAAGAUUUUCAGACUGAAAACAAGUCAGAUUUACAUUUUAGAUAAAUUCUUGGUAUAAAUUCAUGGCAAAC